AUGCUAACCUGGAACACGGUUCCGGACGACAUUUUUUCAUCCCACCUACUUGCGUUUGAUGAUGAAUCAGUUCCGGGACAUCCAUCCAGGAUCGUGCAGGAUUAUGUAUGUCCAUGGUGGAUGGGAAAUGCCAGAAUCCCGGAUGAACCAUGGCAGUGGGAUUUGGUCAUAGCCUGCUGUAUCAAACACUACCAGUGUUGGGUGUAUGGUGUUGAGGAUGAUGGUAUAAUUCUUCCUGAGAUUGUGAAGGACACUUCGUUUCCACCACUGGUGGGACUCAGGUGGAUUCGAGAACGCAUGGUAGCAUUGAUGGAGGAGCAAGAUGAUGGUAUCCAAGCCAAGAUGGGAGAGGUGGAGAUGUACACUGGGAUGCUAGAGAGAUUGAAGAGAGCCAAAGGAGUGUAAUCCCAUUCACUCAGAAUGGAGUAGUCUUCAGUUUAUGCAAGAUGUAGAAUAUUAUCGACCCUCACAGAUUGUGCUGAGCUCCGAGUCCCAGAUCCCGAGUUCCGGAUGCCGGGAUUCGGGGUUCGGGGUUCGGG